UGCCCUAAGUUUUGAAAGGGGGAUUUCAACCCUAAAUCCCCGAGGGAGACAAUGGACAAGCGACGCAACUCCGCCGAUUCAAGACUGGAGAUUUACGGUGAGCUAGGAAUGAAGCGCGAUGAGCGCCUCACUCUCGACUUCGUGGGUCACACGUUCGUGGUUAUGGACACGCACGAGGACAAGAUCCUGUUCGUCCGCGACCGCAUUCGCGAACGCUUCCACAGUUAUGUCAUCUUUUGUAACACCGCUGAUUCGGUGGCGCUCGUCUCCAGCGCCCUCCUCUCUCCAGCGAAUGACAUGAAAUACAAUCCUUUCGACACCUUUCUCGCCGGUGACGAGUACAAGUUUCGUCGGAGACCGCGAGCGCUGGUUACAAACAGCGAUCUCAGGGACGAGCGGCUGUUUGAUGAUCUCGACGGGAAUCUGGUGGUAAACUAUGACAUUCCAGACGAUCUGGCGACGUAUUACUACCGUGCUGCAAGAGUUCAUCACGACUGUCGCUCCAAAGCAGUUGUUAAUCUUGUUUUCAAAGAAGAGUUGCACAAGCUGAUGCGUCACGAGGAGCUGCUGCGGCUGGAGAUCUUGCCUAGCCGUCUUAUCAAUGUUCACAUCGACUGGGAUGAUCCACCAUUAGGAAGAGGCUCACUUACACAGCUCCAAGUCGCGGCUGGACGAGUGAGCAUGGAUGAAUAUCGCAGGUUUGACGAAACAAGAGGGGAAGAAAGACGCAGGGAGAAGGCUCAGCGGACGGAAGCGGCGGGAAGGGUCUCCUUGAGGGUGCCAUGGUUUCACAUUGAGGAUCUAAUCGAGCAGCCAAAAGCACGAAGCAAGAAUGUUAUCGAGCGCCCGAAGCAAGAAAGCAAGAAAAGAAAGGCAGUGGACACUACUAUCGAGCCCCCAAAGCGUUCUCGUUUGUUGCAUAGUCUCUUGGCAUGGUUUGGUUAUCCUGACUGUAUAUAAAGUGAUCUUUUCCGUGAUCGAUGAAACUUUUAAAAGUUUCUUCUGGUUCAUGGAAAAGAUCUUCAGGCAAAGAAAGUGAGAUCUUUCCUAAAUUC